GUGGAGGUCCACAGUCCAUUACUAUUUUUAAACGACACCGCUUCACAUUAGGGUUUUUUGUGUUUCGUUUUUAGCUCAGCUCUCUUCCUCACAUUCGCACCUCCUCUCUUUUGUGUAGCAGCUUCAAACGCCACCAGGUAAGGACUAACUCUAGAGUGAGUAACAAUGGUUGAGAAAACAAGAGGAAGAAAGGAAGAGGUGGUGACCAGAGAGUACACCAUUAACCUUCACAAGCGCCUUCAUGGCUGCACAUUCAAGAAGAAAGCUCCCAAGGCUAUCAAGGAGAUCAGGAAGUUUGCAGAAAAAGCCAUGGGGACAAAGGAUGUGAGAGUUGAUGUCAAGCUGAACAAGCACAUCUGGAGCAGAGGGAUCCGAAGUGUCCCGAGAAGGAUUAGGGUUCGCAUUGCUCGCAAGAGAAAUGAUGAUGAAGAUGCCAAGGAGGAGCUGUACUCUCUAGUAACGGUUGCUGAAAUCCCAGCUGAAGGAUUGAAGGGUUUAGGCACCAAGGUCAUUGAUGACGACGAGGAAUAAUUUUUGUCUGUCUCUUGUUUUCUUAAAACUUGCAUUUUGUUCUCCUACAAGUUUCAUCAGAGUUUUGACUAGUUUUACAAUUGUGACAUUAAAAAUACUUGGUUUGUGUUAUUUAGAUUCUUAAGCUUGUCUCUUUAUUUUAGAGCUUUAUAAAUAGAUUCAAAUGAUGAGUGUUUGGAUUUAUGUUAAA